AUGGGAAGCACACAGUCGUCGAGUUCAAGGAAGCAGGAUGACAGCAUGCCGAGCAAUUGCAUUUGCUGCCUUUCGCCACGCCCAGCCGUAUUCAAGCAGUUAUUCCAGAAGUUACGCCGUACUUUGAGGCGUCAUCUGCGACCCAGCAAGAAUCGCUGUGGCGACUUUCAGCGACGCUGUGCCGCACGCACCGCCCUGUUGCGUCCCAUGCCCAGAUGCUCGUCCUUUGGUAGCUGUGGCACUUUGUUGACGCCCACAAAGCGUGGCAAGAACGACAAGAAGAGGAAGACGACCACGCCCACGGACAGUCAUUAUGCGCAGUGGAAAUGCAUGUUCGAGCAUGCAUCCGGUAACGGUAAACAAGUUGUGGCAACUGCCCAACGACCCCAUGACAUUAGCGAAGCCUUGUCGGGACAAACGACGCCACGGGGAUUCCCCUCGCACACAGAUGCCCGUCGCUGUCCACUUCCCCCCCUGGCGGACCAACAACCGCUCUACGAUUGUGUGGGUGAGAUUAAGGUGCGUCGUCGUCUCAGCUUCCGUCUCGUGCGACGCAUGACAGCCCGACAGAGGGCGGCACAAGCGAAGCUGGAGGCGCAGUUGCAACGGGAACUGUGCGAUUUGGAGGAUUAUUAUGGAGGAUUUCACUAUGCACGAGGCAACGAAAGGCGCAUUUAAAUAAACACAACACAGAAGCCAAACAAAA